UUGAACCUCCCAGGGGCCGGCGGGCAGCAGCGAGCAGCGGAGGGCCCUCGCCACAGAGAUGAAGGAUCUGGGAUCGAACGCCAGGUCACAUGAUUUUAAAAUGUUUGUUCUGCCGCAGGAGACGAGGGGUGACCCUCGCUGAGUCUCCCGGCCGGCGAGCCGUCAGAGAGACGGCUCUUCACAUCGAUGAUUACACAGCAGGUUUGGUUUAAAGGCCGACAAUCAACGUCUUGGAGAUUGUGGAUAUGCUGGAAAAUAUUCAAAGCCCGGGCGCCGAGGAUGCUGGGAAACCGCCGGACGGCGGGAGGUGGUGCUCUUCCUCGCGCCUCCGCCUCGUCUUCGUCCUCCUGGUGCUGGCGGUGGUUUUGUUCUUCUACAACACGAACAUGAAGGACUUGCUGCCCGCGUGGAACCCGGCGAAGUGGGGGCUGGCGUCCGGCGGCCAGAGACACGGCGUGCCCCCCCCCCAACCGAGGGCCCCCCCCGCCCGGCCUAAACCGAACGAGACCGGCCCGACUCCGCCCCCUUAUCGAUCUCCGGGCCCCUACCUGGUGGAAUACCCCUCCGAGUACCACUUCGUCAUCAACGAGCCGAAGACGUGCGAGCGGCGCAAGCCUUUCCUGGUUCUGAUGGUUCCCGUGGCGCCCGACGACAAGGCCCACCGCAACGUCAUCCGCAGCACCUGGGGCGGCGAGCGCGAGGCGCUGGGCCGAGCGGUGGCGCUGUUCUUCCUGAUGGGGCUGCACGCCGCCCCGCGAGCCGGAGCCGGGGCGGCGUGGACCAACGAGCGGCUGCUGCGGGAGAGCCGCGAGCACGGCGACCUGAUCCAGAGCGACUUCCUGGACUCCUACAAGAACCUCACCAUCAAGACCAUGGUGAUGCUGGAGUGGCUGGACGCGCACUGCCCCGGCGCCGCCUACGCCAUGAAGGUCGACACCGACAUGUUCCUCAACCUGCCCAAGCUCGUCGGCAUGUUGGCGAGCGCCCCGAGGACCGGCUACAUGACGGGCCAGGUGCAGGCCGGCGCCGCGGUCCACAGGUACCGGACGUCGAAGUGGUUCCUCCCGGUGGAGAUCUACCCGGCGGCGAGCUUCCCCCGCUACGCUCUGGGCAUGGGCUACGUCUUCUCCCUGGACCUCGCCGAGAGGCUGCUGGAGGCCUCCAGGCACGUCAGAGCCGUCUACAUCGAAGACGUGUACCUGGGGAUGUGCAUGAGCCACCUGGGCAUCGGCCCCACCGACCCGCCCAGCUGGAGCUACUUCCAGGUGGAGCCUCAGAGGUACAGCCGCUGUGCUUACUCGCAGCUCGUCGCCAUGACUACGCACCCGGCGGACGAUCGCUUGGGGGUCUGGGAAGACUUCAAGAGGCCGGGUCAGCACUGCUGACCUGCCGACACAACCACGGCUGAAGAAGGACUUGAUGUGUUGAGUGUUGAUUUAUAUUUAUAUAAAGUUUUAAAACAUUUGUAAUAAAGUCAAUAUUUUAUAUUCAUGUU